CUGUCCUCCCCUACCUAGUUAUGCCAUCUCCCCCGGAUGCCCGGCUGCCUGCCACGUACGCUUUGGAUCUGGGGCCGAGGGCGACGGUUCUGACUUCUCCUCAUUUGCUUGAGGACGUCGACUCGCAGAUGCCUUGUUUUACUUACCCCGAGGCUCGGCCGCGGCUGAGCGCCCUACCUGCCCUGUCACAAAAUGCCGAGGGAAAAAAAAGCUGCCACCAGAGGGUUCGUGUGUCACCCGUAUGUUGAUACCCCGAGCAUGUAGAGGAAGGUAAGCCGUCUUAUAAAACGCGAUUUGGCCGGAGGUUGGAAACUCGACAAGAGGGUUUCGGAGAGUAUCCUCUUUUCUCUCUCCUAUUUGCCUAUCAUAGAGUCAAUUUCUUUCUGCAACCAUGGUCAAGUCCGAGAGCAUUUUCUUUCAAGGCAUAGGCGCUUGGGGUGCCACCUUAGAGGAGAUUAGCGAUCUCCUUCGAGAGUCCUCCCUUGUUGACACUACGAUAAGUCUAACCAAUAGUGAACACGAGCUCUUCUUGUCGACUAUACCUUCAUUUCCAGUGCCUCCUUCUAGGCCAAUCGCUCAACAUCAACGGGUAAAGGAAUUAGAAAUCGGGGCCCCCGGAAUCUUGCUCACACUCACCCAGAACGCCCUCCCGGCUGUAGAACAAGCCUCGGCUCAACUAAUGAAUACGGUGUCCCCCUUGAAGAGAUAUUUGAGCAAUAUGGUGACAUACGAAUUGCUAUCCAUUGAUACGAGCUCUUCACUGCGAGACAAAUGCAGUAGAGAACGAUGGAGCGCAAUUGCGUCCGCCAUCUCAGCUGUGUCAUCGUUGGGCCACGGACCUCGCUCGACCGAGGGCGCGGGGUCGGCUGGUAUGGCAUCGGCGGACGGGCUGCGUGGGCUUCCCGGCGUUAUCGGGUCUCCGGAGUGGCUUGACGGCGCACCUACAGAGGAGCAGGUUGAGUACUUGCGUAACAUCACGAGGCUGAAGCGGCAUGUCCAGUCAGAGACGCACCCGCGAGAGUCGAGGCCACCCAAGGUCCGCAAGCGGGACGGUGACCGCUCGCGCUCGAGGAACGGACCGGGUUCGACGCGACAUGAUUGAGAGAGGACGCGUUCUGCGUGGUUUGGAUUCUCGGUUGCUCUCACCUCGUCAUACGUAGGCUGCUGCUGCACGACUUGAGUGGGAUUAUGCGCGUCGUGGCGCGGGGUCCGAAUAUUUUCUUGUGCUGGUCGUUUUUGAGAGGAAAUAUAAAAUGGUGUCCGCAACGUCGGAGGUUCGCCGGCAAUAUUAGUACUUAGGAUACGCGUGGUCGGGUAAGCACGGCGAGCCCCAAUAACCACAAUUACAGUCAUAAUCAAUCACGCAAAAAUGUAGACACAUUUGCAUUUCUUUUCUUGGAUACGGAUGCUGGAGAAAUCGUGAUCCUUUCGUCCUGAGCCGGAGUUACCAUAGGUAUCUCUAUUAUUAGGUAGUAUACUGAAUUGCUCAC